UGGACGGCUGCCAGGAAGAGCAAAGCUGGGGUUAAAGAGGAACCGGUCCCAGGCUUUGCUGUGCUCAGGGGGGCUCAUGGGUGAGCACCAAUGCCAUGUUCCCACCAUGGCACUUCCAGGGAGUGGAAGAAGGGCAGGAGCACUGACUCAGCCACCAAGACGUGUCUCAACCAGCUCCCACGCCCUGGUGGAGCUCAUGUCCUCCCCUCGCUCAGCAUCCACUCCCUCAAUCCGGGAACAGGUUGCUCAUAUCCCCAGGAUGAACCCCAUGACCUGAUUCUUCCUUGGACAUCCUCUCCAGGACCUUCUCACAAGCUCCCCAGCACAGCAAGUGCCGCAGUCCCCAGGGCCGGGGCUUGGAAAUGAGCCUGUUCUGCAGCCUUAGGAAGAAAGGCUCUUUCCAAGCCCAGGGGAGGCAGACCCCGUCCCGUGAUCAUUACCUGCCCGGUGGGACCUGCGAUUGAGUCCCGAUGCUACCGUGCCGAGCUCCAGUCCAGCCGCAGGGUCACCAGCCCAGGAGCCCACAAACCACCUGUUGUGGCUUCCAAAGACCCAGUGGCUGAUGCGACCUCCAGGGAUGAUGCUGAGUUUCACCGUGGUUCUGCUGGCGACAUGGACCUUGGGGAGAGCCCAGGAGAGCAUCUCCUGGGAGGUCCAGCGCUACGAUGGCUGGUACAACAACCUGCUACACCACAGACGUGGCUCAGUGGGUGCCCGGCUGCUGCGUCUCCUGCCGGCCAACUACGCAGAUGGUGUCUACCAGGCGCUGCAGGAGCCCCGUGUGCCCAACGCUCGCCAGCUCAGCAACAUGGUGGCGCGGGGACCCUCUGGGCUGCCCUCCCACAGGAACACAACCGUGCUGGCUGUCUUCUUCGGUUUCCACGUGCUGUUGGACAUCCUGGGGACAGAGAAACCUGGCUGCCCUGCUGAGUUCCUGAACAUCCGCAUCCCAGCUGGAGACCCGGUGUUUGACCCUGCAGGCACUGGAGAUGUGGCCCUGCCUUUCCAGCGCAUCCAGUGGGCGCCGGAGACGGGGCAGAGCCCCAACAGCCCUCGGGAACAGAGCAACGAGGUGACCGGCUGGCUGGAUGGUAGCUCCAUCUACGGCCCCUCGCACUCCUGGAGCGAUGCCCUGAGGAGCUUCUCGGGGGGACAGCUUGCAUCGGGGCCCAGUGGGCACCUGCCGAGGGAGACGGACGGGCGGGUUCCCAUGUGGAAGGCGCUGGAUCCAUCCACGGGACAGGGCGGUCCGCAGGGAAUCUACGACCUGGGGAGUGCCUGGGGGAACGAGAACCUCUUCCUGCAGGCUGAGAGCAUUGCCUGGUUUCGGUACCACAACCACCUGGCCACCACGCUGGCCCAGACGCACCCCACCUGGUCUGACGAGGACCUCUUCCAGCACACUCGCAAGUUGGUCAUCGCCACCUUCCAGAGCAUCGUGCUGUACGAGUGGCUGCCCACCCUGCUGGGGACAGUGGUCCCGGAGUACAGAGGUUACCGACAGCAUCUGGACCCCAGCCUCUCACCGGAGUUUAUGGCAGCUGCAGGGCAAUUCCUGGCCACCAUGGUCCCACCAGGCGUUUACAAGAGAGACUCCAAAUGCCAGUUCCAGGAAGUGUCCAGCCCCAAAGGCUCAUUCCCAGCGAUGCGGCUCUGCAACAGCUACUGGAGCAGGGAGAGCAACAGGCAGGCAGAGGAUGUGAACAACCUCCUGCUGGGCAUGAGCUCACAGAUCGCGGAGCGGGAGGACAACAUCGUGGUGGAAGAUCUCCAGGAUUACUGGUAUGGGCCCCUGAAGUACUCCCGCACUGACUUCGUGGCCAGCUGGUUCCAGCGUGGACGAGACCUUGGCCUGCCCACCUAUAACCAAGCCCGGGAACGAUUUGGGCUGGAGCCUCUCCAGAACUGGUCAGACCUUGCCCCACAUGUGGAGCCACAGGUCCUGGAGAAUGUCGCUGCCCUGUAUGGCAACAACACAUCUGGGCUGGAGCUGCUCCCUGGAGGCAUGCUGGAGGCCAACAGCUCCCUCUUUAGUGCCAUCAUCCUGGAGCAGUUUGUGCGCCUGCGUGAUGGCGACAGAUACUGGUUUGAGAACACCAAGAAUGGGCUGUUCACAGUGGAGGAAGUGAGGGGAAUCCGGAACAUCACCUUCCAUGACGUCCUGGCUGCCGUAACUCGCACGGACCCCGCAGACCUCCAGCCCCACGUGUUCGUCUGGAGCGAGGGGAACCCGUGCCCCCAGCCACGGCAGCUGACAGCUCAGCACUUGGCCAACUGCAUGCCCAUGACUGUGCUGGACUACUUCGAAGGCAGCGGUGUGGGCUUUGGGAUCAUCAUCGUUGUCCUCUGCUGCCUGCCUUUAGUGACUCUCUUUGUUGCCUGGAUCGUUGCUGUUCUCCGCAAGAGAGAUUUCCGGAAGCUGCAGAAGAAACAGGGUUCCAGCUUGCGGAGGGAGGUGACCAGCGAGGCGAUACAUGCCAUGGAGUGGCACGGUCCCAAGAUAGACAGCUCUCCGGUCUACAUUCAGCUCCAAGCUGACAAAGUGCUCAAAGUGCUGGAUGGGAGAGGAUCUGUGCUCCGGAGCAUCAGCCUGAAAGCCCACCCGAGGGUGGAGGUGAUCCUCUCCAGCAACAAAGGGAACAAAGCUCUGCUCCUGAAGAGCCCCAAGGAGUACGACCUGGUGCUGCUUUUCAGCAAGGAGGCAGAGAGGAGCAACUUCAUUGGGAAGCUGCGAGGCUACUUGGAGGAGAGCGGCCUUGACCUGCAUGUGUCUGAGAUGACGGAGCAGAGCCUGAUGAAACGGGCAGUCACCCAGGAGCAGAGGAAGCAAAUUCUGGAGACUUUCUUCAGGCACCUCUUUGCUCAGGUGCUGGAAAUUGACAGGUCCAAUGCCGGAGAGCUCAACUUUGAGUCUUCCCAGAAGGCAAAGGAGUCUCUGACGUGUGAGCUGAGCAGGGCUGAGUUUGCUGAGGCCCUGGGCCUCAAAGCCCACUCUGUGUUUGUGGAUUCCAUGUUCUCCCUGGCUGACAAAGACGGCAAUGGCUACAUCUCCUUCCGGGAGUUUCUGGACAUCUUGGUGGUCUUCAUGAAAGGGUCCCCAGAGGAGAAGUCCAAGGUGAUGUUCAGGAUGUAUGACAUUGAUGAGAACGGAUUCCUCUCCAAGGAGGAGUUUCUGAGGAUGCUCAGGUCCUUCAUCGAGAUCUCCAACAACUGCCUGACAAGAGACCAGGCAGAGCAGGUGACAGAGUCCAUGUUCCAGGCCUCGGGGUUUCAGGACAGGGAUGAGCUGACGUGGGAAGAUUUCCACUACAUGCUGCGGGACCACGACAGCGAGCUCCGUCUCACCCAGCUCUGCAUCAAAGGGGUCCCCGAGGUUCCCAAGCAAACCCUGCACAACUGCGUCUCCUUCAUAAAAAGGAAAGACCUGAAAGGCAGAACCACCUCAGACAAGGAGAAAGACCCAAACCUGGACAGUGUGAGCCACUACGUGGAGCGAGAAGGGCUAGAGCUGAGGAAGAGACCAGGCAGAAAGGGAAACCACUAUCAGCUGCAGUUGUACACCAAAGCACAACGGAAGAAGUACGAGCGGAGCAAAAUUCAGCAGAAGAUCCAGGAGUUCAAGCGCUUUGUGGAAAACUACCGGCGCCACAUUGUCUGCGUGGUCCUCUUCUCCGCAAUCACUGCCGGCGUGUUUGUGGAGAGAGCCUACUACUAUGCCUUUGCAUCCCCCAGCACUGGAAUUGCACAGACAACCCUCGUAGGGAUUAUCAUCUCCCGGGGAUCGGCUGCCAGCAUCUCCUUCAUGUACUCCUACAUCCUGCUCACCAUGUGCCGCAACCUCAUCACCGUCCUGCGGGAGACCUUCCUCAACCACUAUAUCCCUUUUGAUGCUGCUGUGGACUUCCACCGCUGGGUUGCCAUGGCCGCCCUGAUCUUCUCAGUGCUCCACACUGCAGGUCACGUGGUGAACGUCUACAUCUUCUCAGUCACACCUCUCAGUGUGUUGUCCUGCCUCUUUUCCAAUGUCUUUAUGAAUGAUGGGUCGCAGCUCCCACAGAAGUAUUACUGGUGGUUCUUCCAAACUAUUCCAGGCGUGACAGGAGUCCUGCUGCUCGUGAUCCUGGCCGUGAUGUAUGUGUUCGCCACCCACCAUUUCCGGCGCGUCAGCUUCCAGGGCUUCUGGAUCACCCACCACCUCUACGUCCUGCUCUAUGUCCUGAUCAUCAUCCACGGCAGCUACGCUCUGAUCCAGCAGCCCCGCUUCUACAUCUACUUCAUCAUCCCAGCUCUCAUCUACAGCACGGACAAGCUGUUCAGCCUGAGCAGGAAGAAGGUGGAGAUCAGCGUGGUGAAAGCUGAGCUCCUGCCCUCAGGUGUCACCCACCUCCAGUUCCAGCGGCCGCAGGACUUUGACUACAAGUCCGGGCAGUGGGCGCGCAUCGCCUGCAUGGCACUGGGCACCACCGAGUACCACCCCUUCACCCUGACCUCGGCGCCGCACGAGGACACGCUGAGCUUGCACAUCCGCGCCGUGGGGCCCUGGACCACCCGCCUGCGGGAGCUGUACUCCCCAGAGAGCCUGGCGCUCAUCGGCAAGCUGCCCAAGCUCUAUCUGGAUGGGCCCUUUGGGGAGGGCCACCAGGAGUGGCACAAGUUUGAAGUGUCGGUGCUGGUGGGAGGAGGCAUUGGAGUGACACCCUUCGCCUCCAUCCUCAAAGACCUGGUCUUCAAGUCAUCCAUAAACUCCAAGCUGGUGUGUAAGAAGAUCUACUUCAUCUGGGUGACGCGCACGCAGCGGCAGUUUGAGUGGCUGGCGGACAUCAUCCGUGAGGUGGAGGAGGCGGACAGGAACGACCUGGUCUCUGUGCACAUCUACAUCACGCAGCUGGCUGAGAAGUUUGACCUGCGCACCACCAUGCUGUACAUCUGCGAGCGGCAUUUCCAGAAGACACUGAACAAGAGCCUGUUCACGGGGCUGCACGCCAUCACCCACUUUGGUCGCCCUCCCUUUGUGCCCUUCUUCAACUCGCUGCAGGAGGUUCACCUUGAGGUGCAGAAGAUUGGGGUGUUCAGCUGUGGCCCGCCCGGGAUGACAAAGAGUGUGGAAAAGGCUUGUCGGCAGCUCAACAAGAAGGACCAAACUUACUUUGUGCAUCACUAUGAGAAUUUCUGACCCUACCCUGCACCGUCUCUCCCCCAGGCAUCUUUGGGAAUGUGGUUCAACCCCAGCUCCUGAGGGACAGUGCUUCGGGCCAUCACAGUCCUGGGCACCCACCUAUCAGCAUCCCCAGGAGAAAGCCACCCACGGCCAAGACCAUGGAUGCUGAAACCCACAGGCACCACCCCAGUAAAGCGCUGCCCUCCCACUAUUGCCACACACAGCCCCAGUGUGAACCCCAGGGUGUUCUCUGUCACAACCCGGAAAACCCAGUGUUCAAGUCAAGCCCAGCUCUGUGCUGCUGGGUCACACACAGGCCGGCUCGGAACAGCUUUGGGGAACCUCUCUCUGCAUGACCCACACUCACAGCACUUUGUCCCAAACCCACAGUGUAUCUGUAGGGUGAAGAGACAGAUUGCUCACCACCAUCCCUCUCCUUGCACUGGGCUUGGCUUUCCUGGCGUUGGUGCCGCUUGGCAGCACUCCGAGCCCUCCCUGCUUCUGCAGUGGCCUUGGCUGUGUUUGCAUUGGCUUCUCCCAGCAGCAUCGCUUUGAACGGCACUCACCUGUGCUUGUUUAACCAGCGCAGGGCUCUGUGUCACCACGCUGCCGGUCUCAUGGGCUGAGAUUGGGUUUAAAUAAAGCUGAGUGAGGCUUUAAAUCAUUUUGUC